CCCAAUCGAGAGAGAGACUGUAAAAAAACUGUGAGUGUUGUCUUUAGAGGAAAGAAGGUUAAGAAGAGAUUUAAUAAAGGUGUUUAAAAUUAUGAAGCAAUUUGAUAGAGUAAAUCACGAGAAGUUGUUUCCACAGUCGGGAAGGUCGAUAACCAGAGGUCACAAGUUGAAGAUAAUUGGCGAAAGAACCAAAGGGGAGGGAGGUUGCUCGAUGGGGCUGGAGAGACCACUCGUAGUGGCUAUCAUUGUGCUAUUCAGCAGUGUGAUCAUCGUGGUGACAAUCUCAUUGCUUCAGCAGAUGAAAAAAAUUGCUCUUCCUGUCGGAUAUAAGUAUGGGAUUGUCUUUGAUGCCGGAGCCUCCUGUACGACUCUUUAUGUUUACAGAUGGCCAGCAGAAAAGGAGAAUAACACUGGCGUAGUCAGUGAGUUUCACCUCUGCCAUGUCAAAGGACCUGAUAUUUCUAGCUAUGACAAGGAACCUGUACAAGCAGCUCACUCAAUGGAAUGGUGCCUCAACAGAACAAUAGAAAAAAUCCCAGCAGAAAAGCAUAAUUCUACACCAGUCUACUUUGGUGCUACUGCUGGAAUGCGACUACUCCAGCUGGAGAACCAAAGAGCUGCAGCCACGAUCCUCACAGAGAUUGAAAAUUUCCUCCGUUCUUCACCAUUUGAUUUCAAAGGUGCCCACAUUCUCUCAGGGAAGGAGGAAGGCGUUUACGGGUGGAUCACAGCAAAUUAUUUACUGGACAAUUUGCAGCAGAGACGUACUUGGAUACACCUGGAAAGAAACUUUACCGUGAAGACCACAGGAACUCUCGAUCUGGGUGGAGCUUCUACUGAAAUAGCUUUUGUCCCCAAGCAGCACUCACAUAUGAGUGAUACCGUAAUAAUCACGUUGUACAGUUACAACUACACUGUCUACACUCAAAGCCUGGCAUGCUAUGGAAGGGAUGAAGCCGAGAAAAUGUACAGGGCAAAAAUCCUCCAGAACACAAAGAAAAAAUCAAGCAUUGAAGAUCCUUGCCUUCCCUCAAACUAUAAUCUGACUCUCCAACUGAAGUAUAUAUUUGAUGGUUUAUGCACUGCAGCUGAUAUACCACCGAACUAUGACCCUGACAUCAAUGCUACAUUUAUAGGAACUGGAAAUCCUGUUCUAUGUCAGCAAAAGUUGUUGUCAAUAUUUAGUUUUGAAUAUAUCAAUGUUGGAGGUAAUUGGACACAAGAAAAACUUCAGCCAAACAUCCAUGGAGAUUUUGUGGCCUUUUCUGGUUUCUAUUACUCAAUGGAAGCCUUGAACUUAAUCGGUUCCUUUCCUAUAGAAACUUUCAACUCGACAGUUCAGGAAUUCUGUUCGAAGAACUGGGAUCAGGUGCAGCAGUUAUUUCCAAACGUGUCAGACCCAUUUCGCAGAUCAUAUUGUUUCAAUGCAAACUACAUCUAUGCUGUACUUGUGCAAGGUUACAAGUUUGAUCAAGAGAGUUGGAAAUCAAUAAGCUUUCAAAAAGAAGUGAAGAACAGCAGCAUAGGCUGGUCACUUGGUUACAUGCUAAACCUUACCAAUCUGAUCCCAUCAGAAAAUCAAGUGAUUCAAACACCAAUGAGUGAAGGUGUAUUCUGUGGACUUCUCUUUCUAUUUUCCACUUUAGUUGUGUUCUGUUCAAUCUUCAUUUGUAUGUCAAUAAUACGUUUUUUUUAAAGCGCAAUUUAAAGCUUUGUGAGCUCUUAACAGAAUUACUGUUGAAUAUUGGGAAAGAAAAAUAUUAUGCAAAUGAUGAAAACGAAGAAGAAUACUGAAAUGGAGCAUCUCUACCGCAUUUAUAACACAGUCCCUGUGGAUUUAAUAGGAAAUGUUGAAAAGCACUAUGGCAUCCAGCUGAUAUCAUACUUCCAUAGUGUUCUGAUGUCCUUCAUCCUGGCCACUGCACUGAGAAAGUAGAAUAAUUAUAACACUAAGCCAUAAAUUUGACAUUAAAAAUUGAGUAAGGACCAGAAAAAUAAAUGACAGUAGAGGCAAAAGUAAUGGAUACAAAUUGUUUAAAUAUAUUAUCAGGCCAAAUUGAUGAUGUAAUAUUAGUUCAAUUUCACAAUUAGGGAAACUGAGAUGUACUUUCACUAUGUGGUAUCAUUGCUGCUUAUAGUGGUUUCUAUUCAUGGGAUGCAGAUAGAGAGGAAGUUGUGUGCCUGCCUUCUGCCAAAUAAUCUGAUGAAAAAUUAGUUGGCAAGGUAGUCAGUCAUGUCUUUUAGUCAUUAACAUGUAAAUGAUAGGGCUCAGCACCAAGCAAAGGUUGAGCAGGUGCACAAAUUUGAGAAAGCCUUAGAUAGCCAACUUUAGAGGAUAUUUUGCCAUCUGGUAAACCUGAACCAUUAUUUGCUGACAGGAAUUUUAAAUACUCUUUUUUUUAAAAUCUCCUCUUGCAGUUUUGUUCCUUUCCCUCAAUCCUUACUUGUCUUAAAUAUUACCCCUUAGGUUAAUACCUAAGUUAUUGACAAAUUUCAGUCAAUAAUUCUGUAGGACAUUAAACCACUCACUCCAAGCAUGAGGUUUUUUUUUUAAACUAGAGGUGUACAUUUGCUGUGAAAUGUCUUGCUGUAUAGAUCAUGUAAAAAAGAAAUCCAAAAUGUAAUACUGCUGAUCUCUCUCUCAUAUAUAUAUAUAUAUAUAAUAUACUUAAGACAAAACUAAGAAAGUCCAAUCUUUGCUUCGUAGUGGAUUAUAGAUUAAUGCAAACUUAAGACAUAAAAUAUAACUGAAGGGCAUUCUGAUGUGCAACAAGAACUUCUGGGAACACUAAUCCCACAAUCCAAGUCUUUCAUUAUUUCUUGUGAAAUAAAAUGUACUGAAUUUGUAAAGAAUGAGAAUGUAGCACCGUAAUGCUUCCUAUUGUCUGAAACACUAAUUAUUACAACAAUUGAAUGAACAAGUGAAUGGUCUUCAUUGCUGCUUGUUAACUUGCAUCUAUGGACAUUAGAGCUGAGAUAAUGAACAAGACGCAGGAAAUCAGCAAUAAAAUAUGCUAAAAGUACUCAUUAGAGUCCACAUGUAGGCCAAACCUUGUAAAAAUGGCAAUUUCCUUCUUAAAAGGAUAAUUGUGAAUAAUAGGUUUUUCUGUCAAUUCAAAAUGGAUUUGUGGUCAUCUUUAAUUCCAGAUUUUCACUGACCUCAAAUUACACCAUGUUAUGGUGGGAUUUGAAUGUAGGUCCCCGGAAUCUGGGUCUCUGAAUCAACAGCCAAAAGGUCAAUUUAAAUAAAAGUUCAAUUAAAUUUUAAUUCAUUCAAAACACAUCCACUUUCAAGACUUAAGAUCAGACCCAGCAUUUCAAGUCAAUGGCUUUUUGCCAGAAUGUUUCAGCAACAAGUCAUUAACCUAAAAUAGCUUUCUAACAAUGUAGCAGCACUAAAUGAAAAUGCUUCGUUUUGACCAUGAACUUCAGUAUAUAUUAAUAUUGAAAUGAACUUUGGGGGCAAAAAUGCAGCCAGACAUGCUCUGACGUUGGGCAUUAUAGAUUAUAUUACAGCAGCAGGUGCUUGUCCAAUAGAACAUUUGAUCAAUGGCUCCACUGGAAACAAUAUUCUCACUAUUGGCGGACACAUUUAUACACAUUUUUAAAAAGCUAUAAAAAAAACGUAGUUCUGCAAUGACUGCUGAAUGCUAAUGUGCAUUACAUGCAAUAACAUACUAACUGCAUUGCACUCGUGUAAAGGAAUUGAAUUUAUUCCAAUACCACUGUUAAUAAAUAGUUAUUGAUGCUGCCAUUUUGCAGAUCAGGCUCCUAAGAAAAUAAAUUGGUUUGAACUGGUUUACAUAGAUAAGACCAUAAGACAUAAGAGUGGAAGUAAGGCCAU